UGAGCCGGCUUGUUUCAAGAUGGCCUCCUCAGGAGCCCCGGGAACCCGCAUGACCUCCACCGUCAGCAUCAACAUCUCCACUCCCAGUUUCUACAGCCCCCAGAAGAAAUUCGCGCCUGUCGUUGCUCCCAAGCCUAAAGUGAACCCCUUUAAACCUGGCGGGGCAGGGCCCGGAAAUGGCUUGGAGCAGACGCUGCCUCCGCCGGUCGGGGCUUGUGCCCAGAUAGGGAAGGUGGGAGAGAUCCCAGCGGCGGCACCUUCUCUUACUGAAGAUCUUCCACUUCCGCCGCCACCCCCUCCAGGGGAAGACCUGCUUCUCUCCGCCAACAGUUCUUUCCCUCCUCCGCCUCCCCCAUUCAUGGAGCCGUUUCCCCCAGCUCCGGAGGACGUCUUCCCAUCUCCCCCACCUCCCGUGGUGGAGGAGGAGCCUGUGUCUCUGAGUGGCUUGCCUGCCCCCCAGGGGCAGGCCCGUGGCAAGAUGAGCAGCAUUGAUUUGGAGAUUGACUCUUUGUCCUCAAUGCUGGACGACAUGGAGAAGAACGACCCCUUCAAACCCCGGGUGUUUCCUGGAUCUGUGGCUUUUGCAGGGGUAGCUGCCGGACCGAAAGAGCCCUUGGAAAACGCGGCUCCGCUGAAAGAUGUCCCCGCUCCGGUUUCGUUCCCUGUGGUCUCAAAUCCAAGCGGGAAUUACCUGUCCAAACCGCAGGGGGAAGCCCCUCCGCCUCCUCCACCCUGGGUGACUUCGAAGCAGCGCAGAGACUUGCCGUCUGCACCGCUCCCUGCGCCGCCACCUGCCGACUCUUCUCCGCCACCAGCUCCGCCCGCCCCCAAGUGCGCGCCGCCCCCUGUUGCUGCCGCCCCUAAAUUUGUUCCUAAGCCAGCUCCUUCCGGUUUCCCAAGACCUGCCGCUCCAGCCUCUUCUCAGUCUCGUUCGCCGGCCCCUACUGGUACCGUUCCAGCCCCGAAGCCCCAGCCGCCCACAUUCACUUAUGCACAACAGCGGGAAAGACCCGUGGUCCAGGAGAAGCCGCGCCCUAUCGCACAGCCGCCUGCCCCGCGAGAAACGCGCAACCCUGUAGCCUUUGCCAGCGAACGGUCAGAUCCUCCCAGGGGAAAUUCUGCUCUGACCAUGAAGGAGGUGGAAGAGCUGGAGAUGUUGACUCAGAAGCUGAUGAAGGACAUGGACCGCCCUCCUCUUGCAGAAGCUUCCACUUCUGCGGAGCUGUGCGGCCUUUGCAAUAAGGCCCUGUCGCGGACGCAGCCGGCGGUCCGUGCCCUGGACCGGCUGUUCCACGUGGAGUGCUUCACCUGCUUCAAGUGUGAGCGGCAGCUGCAGGGCCAGCAGUUCUACAACGUGGACGAGAAGCCCUUCUGCGAGGACUGCUACGCUGGCACUCUGGAGAAGUGCUGUGUGUGCAAGCAAACGAUCACAGACCGGAUGCUGCGAGCCACAGGCAAUUCAUACCACCCUCAGUGCUUCACCUGCGUGGUGUGCUACAAACCCCUGGAAGGGGCCUCCUUCAUUGUGGACAAAGCCAACCUGCCCCACUGUGUGGACGAUUACCACAGGAAAUAUGCCCCGCGCUGCUCGGUAUGCGCUGAGCCCAUUAUGCCGGAACCUGGGAAGGACGAGACCGUCCGAGUGGUGGCCCUAGAGAAAAACUUCCACAUGAAAUGCUACAAAUGUGAGGAUUGCGGGAAACCUCUCUCCAUCGAGGCGGACGACAACGGCUGCUUCCCACUGGAUGGUCACGUGUUGUGCAGGAAGUGCCACACCUCGCGUGUCAAAGCGGCCGCCUGAGGGCCUUGGAGCAUGAUGUGCCCUCAGGGUACCCCCU